AGUGGCACCUCGAGGGGUCGAAGCAAUCACAUCAUCAAAACAAACAACGUUGUUCUCUCACCAUUUUCUACACGUAACUUAACCGUAACCGUAACAUCCUUCAAAAUGAAUACUUUAAAGCGAGGCUAGUAUGACUGCAAAUACAGCAUGCAAUACGACACUGGUGAUAAACUUCGGGUCAUCCAUGCUUGCCUGUCACCGUUCAUGUGAAAUGGAACGACUGGAAUCGAGAAAUUCAGCUUGGCUGUCCUUUCGAACUAUAUAAUGAUGCUGUACAGCAAAAAGACAGCAAAUCACUGUUGUCUUACUUCGCAGCAACAACUUUGCACCGUGCUCUGCAUCACCUCGAGACUGUUUGGCUUUUCACGAGAUCUGACUUCAAGACAAUGAUUUUCCCUGUGAUGAUGUUUGCAAUUGUUGUAUCUCCUCACUACGACAUGCCAGCUCUAUUUUAUACUUUCUGCUGGCUCUGGUUUCAUGUAUUUCAAUUCAACGCGUCUAAUCAAUCCUAUUCUGCCCAUGAAGAUGUCUUGAACAAACCAUGGCGUCCUGUGCCGUCUGGGCGCAUCAGCGUCAAGGAUGCUCGCGAAUUGCGCUGGGCACUCAUGUUGUUCUGCUUAGGCUUUUCUUUUCUUUUCGGCUCAAAUGUCGUUAUAACCAGCGUGAUGGCCACUGUCCUUAUCAUCGUGAACGAUGAUCUUCGUCUCAGUGACCAUCCCGUUUUCAAGACUUUGUGCAGCACAGGAGGUUAUGUGAUAGUUGAACUCGCUUCUUUGUUGAUUCUGUCAAGAGAAUGUACACUCGACGGAAUGAGCAUAAAGGAACCUGUCUGCAGCACGCUUGUCGUACUUCUGACAGUCCAUGCGCAGGAUUUUGCCGACGUCAAUGGUGACCGCAGGUCAGGACGACGAACUCUGCCGAUCAUAGCGCCCGAAGGAUCUCGUAUCUAUAUACUUUGUGCACUCCCGCUAUUUUCUUUUGCACUUGCCUCAGUUUGGAGUUUGGGGCCUCUCUCCAGUCUUCUUUUUGUUUCUAUGGGUUCUUGGGUCGGCAUUCGCUACUAUCUCUUUCGCGACGAGAUUCGCGACCAGUCAACCUAUCGCCUGUACAAUAUAUGGAUAAUGAGCGCUCAUCUUUUGCCAGUUAAUGCGCGUUUUCAUGCAUUAGCAUGGUAGUGACUCAUUGCGUCACGACCAUAACGGGGGACGCUUCUACACGGAUUCCCCACAAACUGUCAUUUGACUGUGUCCAGUCAUAAGAGGAAACGUCCUACCCAGAUCGUGAUAUGUUUCUCGCUAGUAUGAUAUACGUGCACUAAAUUUAGGCCCAUCCGUUUUACAUGUAUGAUAAUUUUAAAUCUGCUUCGAUAGUAGCAUUUGAGGCCAUAGGAUGUGUUACAAUGUUUGAGCA